ACCAGUUAGUUGUCGAUCUGUGUUCUUUUCUCGACUACCGGUACUGCAGCUCUGGGACUUGGUUUGUUUAUUGAUAUUUAAUGGCAUACGGUACCGGUACCGGUGGCGAAUAGUGUACACAUUUCAGAAGUUUAUAACCGUACUGUAAUUGGAGGCUUUCAUUCAGUUACCGGUACUCCACCGUUGUUACGCUGUCGCAUUGUCUGAUUGUGAUGAUUUAACCGGCUUACUGCAGUACCAUUACCGUCUGACUGUACGGGUACCGGUACGGUACCGUAUUGGCUAACCCUGUUAGGCUGUUAGCCGUGACUCUUUCAUCUGUCUGGCUGUUCUUCAUACUGCUGUACUGCUGUACUGUGGGACUGCCAAUAAUUUUUGAAAUAUGUAACUGGUCUCAGAUGAUAGAAUACUAGAAUUCUCGAACCACACAUGCUGACAUGAUCACUCCCCACCUGCCCAACAUACAUUCAGACAUUCGUCCGUCGGUCCUGCAGUCUGUUGGGUGUCUAUUCCCUGAUUCAGGAUAUGGUAGUCUAGUUCAUCCUGUCAUCACUCAGUAGGCCUACUGCUGUACUGCAGUACUUUCGGAGACAUCAUCACAGCAGUUACGGAGAAAAAGCUGAAGCUAGGAAUGUACAAAAUGAAUCGCAUUUCUGAAUGAUUAAUAUCUGAGAAAUUGUUUCAUGAACAUAUGCCGAGAACAAGACUUCAGCGUCUUCAAGUACUCACCCGUUUCAGCAUUUGCCUAUUUCUGUAUUUAAAUUCAUUUAUAGAAUGUAUCAUUUUGGACAUGAAGUUUUACAGUAGACUACGACAGACGACAAAAAAGUUUAUUAAAAUAUGUAAAUCCUCUCCUAUCCUAGAUUUCUGAAAAUGAUGUGGAAUAGAUAACCAAUUAAUCAGUCACUGAUGUAUUUUCAAACUCAUUUUAUGUCUAUAUAAAUCUGUACAUCGACUUGUACCACUCUACAGAACAAUUUACAGAUUUAUGACUCAAUUUAGAAUAUAUUCAAUAAUUCACAGCUCACGCUCAUUAUUAACAUAAAUUUAAAAUUGUAUGGAAUGGUGAAUUAUUGAGUUAUGGACUUAUGACCAUCUCUGGUAAACAUGGAAUUGCUCAACACAGCAUCAAAUGAUCAGUGUCAAUUGAAUACGCAAAACAAUUGUGUAAACUUUUAUUGAAAUUUGAUAUCCACAGAGUUGAUAUAUUCAUAACUUAUUUAGUUGAUUGUAGUGUCGUAUUCAAAUUAUUAACUCUUAUUAUUAAUUUAAGAUAUAUUAAUGAGUAAUGACUUUAAUUUACACUUAUUGCUGUAUUGAGGCUAAUAUCAAGGUGAACAACCACCUAGGUAUUUUGCCAUGACACCCCACAUUUAGAACAUUAUUCAAACUGAUAGUUUUAGUGGAAACCUUACUUGAAGUAUUGUUAUGGGAUACUUCGGUCUUAUCUAUGUUUCACAUUGAUUCAUACAUAUUGUAAAAAUAGGAUUUUGACAUGGUUUGCUAAUGUCUUGUUUACCAAUUACAAUUCUCUUUUUUGCAGGUGCAUAUUGCAACAAAGAUUUAUUUGUUGUUGUAUGAGUGAUACUUUAUAACAAACAAUAUUUUUAAAAACUGGAAUGGCGUUAUGAAUUUGACGUUUCAAACAUUCAUGGAUCAUCUUGUUCUCAAGUCCCAGUCCUAGGAAGAAAAUUGAAAAUGUCGUCAGGAACUGCUAUCUCAGUGUCCGAAAACAACAUCAAAAAUAUUACCAACAUCACAGGGCCACAAGCAGUAGAAGAAUCAGAGAAAACUUCAAACACUGUUUUCAAAACAGAUAGCUCUAAUAUGCAGAACCAAAAGUGUUCUCAGAAUUCACUAGAGAAUCAUUCACCAAAUCAGAUUGAUAAAAAUGACCAUUCACAUAUUGAUUCCAAUCAUAUAUUGCGACCUGCUAUGACGGAGAAUAUUAAGCAGGUUUUGAAUACAUCGUCAUUUCCAUCUCAAGGGAAGUCUAUCUUACUAAACAACUGCACUGUUGAGAAGAAACUAAUGAUGACAAAUUCUGUUGGUGCAUCAGGUGAUGGUUUACCACAGAAUGAGAAUAUUGUUCUGCUUAAAAAUCAAGCAAAUAUCUUGUCAUGUACUGCUUCGAAGGAUAAAGAAAUUUUGAAUGAUAAGACUUCAAGUAUAAAAACCAAAAAUGCACCUAAGAUAUCCGGACAAACCUACGCUAUAGCUGCAAGAACGGCAACUUCAAAUUCUGGUGGUAAAAAUGCAUACAAAACUACAUCUAAGAAUCCGAUAAAUCCAAUUAACGUGCAAUCUGCAAUGAGAGAUUCUGAAGCAGUAACAGUUCAAAAGCCUGCUGCUGAAAUGAAUGGAAUCUAUCAAGAACCUAAUGAUUCUGACCCGAACCUCAUUACCAACAGUUCUCCUCCAGUUCAGAUUUCAAAAACCAAGUCUCUGUCGCAGAGCAGAAUGAAACUGCUUGUACGGAGCAAGGCAAUCUGUCAGGACGAUUUUACAAUCAAUCUGGAUUCUCACUACCCUCUCGAUUCACCUCUUUCGUCUUCUUCUGUUUUUAUAUCUGACUCCAUCUUUCCAUCUCCUUACCCCAUUUCUAGAGAAGAAGCACUCAAAGAAACAAUUGGUCAUAUAUCCACGAGAUUGCCUGAUGAUUUUCCUAACACAAGACAGAGCUCAAGUUCGGAAGCUCAACUUCCUAAUGAUCAAGAAAUACAAAUAUUGUCGAAUUCUGAACGGAUGACAGAUGCUGGAACUCAUGAUGUUUCAAAUGAAAAUUCACCAAACAAUCUGGAGCAAGAUCUGUUGGGUGCAAAAUUAAGCAGUGGUUCACUUAGAAGAGAAGCAGAAAAACCACCAAGAAUGCAGAAACAAAGAAGUCAGGAUCGACUAUUAUCAAAACAACAAAAGCCAAGCUUUGAUACAGAUAAAAGAGAAACAUUAUCAAGAGGUGAAGAAUCUAGCAUUGAAUGUGUUGAUUCUACUGGAGUUGACGUUCAUGAAUUCCUAAUAACGACAUUACGCAAUAGUACAAGAGAUCGAGCAAUAUUACUGAAGAUAGAACAUGACAUGAUAGAUUUUGUCAAUGACAAAAAGAUUGAUUUUAUGAAGUUUCCUCCAAUGACCUCGUACCAUAGAAUGUUGGUUCACAGAGUUGCAGCUUACUUUGGCAUGGAUCACAACGUUGACGAAACUGGAAAAUCAGUGAUUAUAAACAAAACUAGUUCCACAAGAUUACCAGAAGUUCGAUUUGCAGACCAGUUCGAUCCUCGUCAUCCCGACCCACAUGUUGGUCGCCGAGAUGAUGAUAUGAGGCGACGAUCCAUAUUGAAGCGAACACAUCAAUCGAGGAGUUUUGAUAGAGAUGAUGUGAGAAUUUAUAUGAAAGGAUGUGGGUUGUGGAAAGACAAUCGUCAGCGAUCAAUAGAAGAAAGAGAAGAACAAUAUGAGAAGGUCAGGGCGAGAAUUUUCAAUAAUCCAGAGCUGGCAAAUGUGCAGUCUCCAUUGUACGGCCGCCGUGGAAUGAGUUCUAUAGCAGCUGCUCGAAUUGCGUCUUGGACAGAUAGACCAUGGAACAGUACAGAUUUGGAGCCCAUGUCGACUGGUAUGCGAAUGCCGCUGUCAAGACCUCUCACAACUAGAGCAAGCAGUUAUUCAAGUAUAAGUGUGCUGCCGAGACACAAUAGUGCGACAAGUGUUAAGACAGGUUCCUCAAGCAGUGUAUCUUCAAUGAACGGGUUGAACAAUGGAAUGCAAAAUUAUCCACAAAACCGACCACCUCUCAAUAUGGGUCAUCCAAGACCUCCCACACCAAACCGAAGAUCGGGUGGAAAUUCUGUGAUGAAUGAAAGCAACAAUGGAGCAUAUUAUUAUAUGCAACAACAGAAUCAAGGUUUGCCUUAUCUGAGUCCCGAAGGUUACCAACUUUUUUAUCAAAGUGGUGCCGUCAGUAGCGGAAUGACAUCACCUCAGUUUGCACAAUACUACCAAAUGCCUCCUCAACCUUCACCAAACCACCCUGGCAUGGCAUAUGCACACGGAUACAAUCCUUAUCAAGAAUCUCCACAGAAAGGAGCUAAUGUACCACACGCCUCUACUAAUACUGAUUACACAAUGAUGACGCCCAUGUCUAAUUAUCAUCAACCAAACUUAUCUUCAACAACGACAGUUUACUCUGGAGUUCAGGGUCAUCAAAAUCCAAAUUAUCCAUACCAGCCUCCAACAUCAACCGGAACUGGAUAUAACAACAGCAGGUCAACACAAGAUCAGACGCCUUCAUCACAAACUACAAUGCCAAUGAAUCAUAUGGUAGUAAACACAAAUCAGCAGGGGAAACAGAUGCCCAUUGUUCCAGGUCAAAAUUACAUACAACAUCCUGGUGGAGCACCUGUUGGUUAUCCACAAUAUAUAUUGACGCAACAACCUGCCAAUGCCACACCUGCUCCAGGACAAUCACAAGCACCUCAGCCUGCUAGCAAAGAUACCACAACACCACAGAAUCCAAAUGGUGCGGUCAACACGCCCAGACCAUUGUUGCAGCAACCUUUGCCUAUGAUGCAUCCUGUGCCACCCAUGUAUCAGCAGCAACAAGCAAUGCAUGUUAUUUACUCCCCACCUGCACCUAAUGCUGCUACUCCCGGUAGUACAGACGCUUAUAAUCAGUCUGUCAAUAAUGUUGAUCCUACCAAAUCUUCAAACAAUCAAUCUCACCACCAACAACAAGAACCGAAAAAACUAGCAGAAGACGAAUUAAAUGAGAAGAUGCAGGCUAUCGUACUAAAGAAUUUACAGCAACAGCAAGAACAGGCUCAAGUACCUGACGUUGCUGCUUCGAACUCUCCUACCACUGUGACGACAUCUGUCACUCCUUCCAACAAUCAAAUCCAAGCAACAAAACAAUUACAAUCUCAACACAUGAUACCAGAUCAAACUGGUCACAACCGGAUUUUGUCUCAUCCACCACCAUCUGGUUCACAUCAGCCCAACUCACAAGUACAACAAGGAUAUCAAUAUCAUCAGUAUGCAAAUCCUAAUGGAAUGCAACAACAUCAACAGAUGCAAGUAUACUUGAUGCCAGCAAAUGCACCAAAUGCUGGAAAUGCAUCUUACAGAACGUACUCCCAAUUUAUGACGCCACCACAAACUCCCCAUGUUAUGGGAACUGGAAUGCAUUUGGUCUACCUCAGUCCACCACCUAUGAUGGGAUUAGAUAACUCCAGUACAGUUCCUAUUCCAUCAAGUGUUCCGUCAGUGAUGCAAAAUCCUGCACAUCAUCACCAGCAUCAAUCUCGUACUUCACAACUCACUGGCGAACCUACAACACAAGUAUAUGCAUCGAAUACAAAUAACAAUAACGUACAAUCAAUAACAGAUGAUGCACAGAAUCACGGUCACAACCACAGUGAAGAGCAAGCUCAAACCAGUGACUUGGUUGCUUCGAAAACAGAUAACAUCAACAAUGGUGCACCAAUGCCAAAUUCUAAUGAUAAUAGUAUUUCCCCACCUGCAGAAACAAAUAGCAUUCAAGAAAUAGUUGUGGAAAAAGAUGACUUGCAACCAGAAAUCAGCUUGGAAGAUUCGUCUGUAGCUGAAGUACCUGCCAGCACAGCUGCUGCAACAGAUUAUUCUACACAAAGUCAUCUGGUCACUGCCAACACCUCGUCGGAUGAAAAUCAAAGCGGCAAACAACCAGCAAUCAUGACAACACAGUCAACACAUACUGCUCAUAAUCAUAUCCAUUAUCAAGUUCAACCACAUCAUAGUCAUCAUCAUCAUCAUCAUGCAGCAGUACAAUAUUCUAAUUCACCAAUCAUGAUUCAACCGGAUUACAGGAUGGCAGGAAUCGCAAUGAAUGCGGCUGCUCCUUAUUCUACCAGAGUUAUUCCGCAAUAUUCAAUGUAUCCUGGCAUUACACAGACACCAUAUGUAUACUUACCAACAGCAGCUUCAAAUCACAACCACAAGCUUUCUGAAGUUAAAAUGUUCCCAGCACAAGCUGCUUCUCCUACACCUGGUUUGAUUGCGGUUCAUGUCCCAAAUCAGAAUCAUAUUCAACUAGUUCCUGCUGCUUCACUGCAACAACAUCAACAACAAAAUCAAAUUUAUUAUACUCCACAGAAUUACAUGACAUCAGAUUACACAAAUCAACCUGUAACACAAUCUCAUCACCAAUUAUAUACAACAACAACAACUACUACAACAGAAACAAAUUCAUAUGCGAAACAAGAUAUGGCAGUAUCGUCAGUAGCAACCGAUCAAAAUCAUGUUGCAGAAGCUCUGGAAGCCACAAAUGUUACUAGAAUUGCUGGCACAACGAAAGAUAGCAAUUCGACAGACAAUGUAUAUCAAGAUGAAAAUACAAACAGCAAAGAAAAGAAUGAACAUCCAAGGCAUGAAAAAAACAAAGACUGAAUUAACAUGAUAGACAAAUGAAUUUGCCUUACAGAAGUCAUUUCUUUAUAUUUUAUUUUUAUUGCUAUUUUUUCAUCCUGCUAGUUUUCAUAUUCUUUUCUAUCUCGUCCAAAAAAGUUUUCUGUUCGUUAUUUUUCCAAGUUCCUGAAACUUUCUUCUCGCCAAUUACUGAAAUCUUCGCUAGCAUGGAACAUGAGUAUAUUACUGGUGGCCAAUUAUGAAAAUAUCAGUCUAUAGUUUCAGCCAUGUGCUAAUAAAAUCCCUAAUAAUGAACUCACACAGACACUUAUCUAAUAAUCAAUUGCACUCAAUAAAUAAGAGUAAAUGAAGCAGAAAAAGAUCUAUUCAUUUACUGUUGAGUGUCCAUCAGUGGUUGUCAAAUAUUAAUAUCACGCAAAUUAUGCCACAGAGUCGAUCAUAAUUUUUAUUUAACCAACCUGCAGCACAAACAUCUCAUAUUUUGUCCAUAUGACUUAAUCAUAUUAUAGACCCUUUUUUGAACAAGUUAGCACAACAUUGCAAUUUUACACUGCCGUUUUCUACAGCUGUGUGUUAACUGUUAACAGAUUUCCUUGAGAAAGUUCAUGUAACAGAACUCUGAAUGUUAACCAUUAGGUGUCUGAUUUUAACAUAGAAUGGUAAAUUGCUAACUAAAACUCGUUACCAUCUCGAUGAUCGAAUAACAAUGGUGUGGACUAAACGAAUGGUCAUGGCUUUUUAAGAACUUUUUGAUAACAAAGAUCCAACUGAAUUUUUAAAAUCCAUGUAUUUAAUUUUGUAAUUUCAGAUAGGAAUACAGAAUAGGCAAAGAAGCGAAUGUACCAAUCCACGAUGAACAAAACCAUAUAUUUUAAUGGCCGACUAUAAUUAACAAAAUGUACUGCCUGGGUUUCAAAUUCCUGCCGUAUGACUAAGUUAGUAUUGCCAUGCAUACAUAUAUGGUACUAGAAUGAUUGCACCAAUUAGUUCUAUACUUGUGUGGAGGGAAUAAUAUUUUCUAUUUUCCCAAAUGUGCAUUUCGUUUGGUUCUUUAAAUCAUGUUCGUUUUUCUUUGCUAUUUUUCUACUUUAUUUAUGUUUUUAUUUGUCAAGUCUGUAAGGGGUCAUGGACUAAAUUGUGCCACCUGGUAGGUGCUAUUACACCAAUUUUGUUUUGCUCCACAUUAUGUUACUUACCGGCAAUUUCAUUGAUGUGAUGUGAAUUCUUGCUCUAGUUUGGUAUCCCAUACCGAAUCUUAUGAUGAACUAAGAUGAUUGACAAGGUGAAAUCAUUUUGCAUUUAAUGAACUUCCUUAACAAAUGAUGAAAAGUAAUUGCUCGUGAAUACGGUAAUACCGGUAGUUCGAAACCUGAUUAUAGCAUUGGAUUAAUUCUUAGAAUGCAGUUAUUUAUGCAAAGCUCAACAGAAUUUCUACUCCACAGUAUAUGUGAUUCUGUUAUGCUGAUGUAUAAAUUUUGUUUUCAUUUGUUGCCUUUCAAUUAAAAUGCUCGUGUGGAGAAAUAUGUAACAGUAAAUCAUUUGAAUAUUGAUAUUUCAGAAUUAUGUCUGAAUGAUCAUACUAGGCAAUCAUAUUUUAAUGUGAACUUGUUCAAUUGCGUCUCAUCUUCAUCAGAAUAGGAAAUUAUUUUGUGACAAAAUUAUGUCUUUUGCUGGACAUAAGCAUCAAUAUGUCGAAUUAGCCCUGUUCUGCAGUUAUCUUUCUACCAGAUAACAUUUUUGUGCUUCUGUUUCUGAGACCUUCCAUUGCGGAUGUGUAGGCUACAUGUCUUAUGUCUUUAUAGUUUUAUUUGGUAUUUAGGGCUGUUGAACUUAUGAGCCAGUCAGGUUUUAUGACAUGACUGUAAACCUGUCUAGGUUUUUGCGGGAAUGCUUGAUCUUUUUGUAAUAGCAGUGUUGGUAAUGGUGAACCGCUAAGAUUCUACUAAUUUAUGUGUGGAGUACUUUUUUAUUGCCUUGUUCCUUUCAUAUUGACUUGUAAUAGGAAAACCUUGUACUUGAGCCAAUAUACUUCAUCACCUUGAGCGUAAA